AUGCUGGCCGCCGCCGGGAGCCUCCUGCGCCUCCGCCCCGGCCGCGUCCUCCGCUGCGCCCCGGGGCCGCCUCGGGAAGCCGCCCGACGGCCCGCGGCGCUUCUCCGGCCCCAGGGUCUCCCCCGGCUCUCCAGCGGCGGGGCCCCCGGCGGCCCCGGGCCCCGGGCCGGGAAGGUGCACAGGGUCCCCGCCGAGCACAGGCCCUCCCAGUUCGACAAGAAGAUCCUGCUGUGGACCGGGCGCUUCAAGGCCAUGGAGGACAUCCCGCCUCUGAUCCCGCGAGAAAUGAUAGAUGCCGCAAGAAACAAAGCUCGAGUGAAAGCCUGUUACAUAAUGAUCGGACUCACAAUCAUCGCCUGCUUUGCAGUGAUAGCAUCAGCCAAAAGGGCUGUAGAAAGACACGAAUCUUUAACAAGCUGGAACCUGGCAAAGAAAGCCAAGUGGCGUGAAGAAGCUGCGCUGGCUGCCCAGGCUAAGGCUAAAUGA